CCCUUUGAUAUAAUGGUGGUGCUAGGUAAACCUCUUUGGGGGGAGCAUUUGUAAGUGGACUGUAACAAACAAGAAGGUCUUCUCUACAGAGGUGUUUUUAAAAUGUGUUCAGCCCAAUUCAGGAAGUCAAAAACAAGGAAACAAGCUGCAAAUUACAGAGUUGGCCAUCACUCCAGAGAGCACUCACCAUGUUAUUAGGGUACAGUCCAGUGUUGCAAGCCUUGCUUGGAACCUUCUUCACCUGGGGAUUGACGGCUGCUGGCUCAGCUCUUGUGUUUGUCUUUUCCAGUGGGCAGAGACGGAUCCUGGAUGGUAGCCUGGGCUUUGCCGCAGGGGUCAUGCUGGCCGCUUCGUAUUGGUCACUUCUUGCACCUGCUAUUGAGAUGGCUGAAGACUCUGGGAAGUUUGGGGUCUUUGCAUUCUUCCCUGUAGCUGUUGGCUUCACACUGGGAGCAGCAUUUGUGUACUUCGCUGACCUCAUUCUCCCCUGGCUGGGUAUCAACGAGCCUCCCCACACAGCACUGGCUUUGAGCUAUGAUGCAACAACUGUGAAGGAGAAAUAUGAGCACCAGCCCAUGCAUCGUCUGGAAUAUGAAAAUGAGCUGUCCAUCAGGAUAGGUAGAACAGCACUCCAUUCAGACAAAGGUGAAAAUGGGGAACCCUAUCAGAGGAGAAAAGGUGCUGGAAGUAGCCAGCCAGAUGUUCCUGCUUCACCCCAGAUUCUCAAAGGCAGCACUCCAGUGCCAGCAAGCAACAGCUGGAGGCGGAUCCUGCUGCUCAUCAUCGCAAUAACAAUACACAAUAUUCCUGAGGGUUUGGCUGUUGGUGUUGGAUUCGGUGCUGUUGGGAAGUCAGCAUCUGCAACCUUUGAAAGUGCCAGGAAUUUAGCAAUUGGAAUUGGAAUUCAAAAUUUUCCGGAAGGGCUAGCUGUUAGCCUCCCCUUACGCGGAGCUGGCUUUUCAACAUGGAGAGCAUUCUGGUAUGGGCAAUUAAGUGGUAUGGUGGAGCCUUUAGCCGGCAUCUUUGGGGCCUUUGCCAUGCUGUUAGCAGAGCCUCUUCUUCCCUAUGCCUUGGCUUUUGCUGCAGGGGCAAUGGUGUACGUAGUGAUGGAUGAUAUCAUCCCAGAAGCUCAGAUCAGUGGCAAUGGGAAGCUGGCUUCCUGGACUUCCAUCUUAGGAUUUGUGAUCAUGAUGUCCCUGGAUGUUGGACUUGGGUAACAGGAAAUGCCAUCUUCCCCCCUUUUGGACCUUCAGAAUAUGUCAGUCUGGGCAAAAUGCACAGCAGAAGCUGGAACAGGAAUGUUACAUUUUACAUAAUCAUACUGGUCAGGGUUAAUAUUGAUUUGCCUUUAAUUAUAUGGACUUUAAAAAUUUGCCAUAACAUUAUAUGGAUAGUUUUAGAAAACACGGGAAAAGCCUUCCUGAUUGUGAUUUUUUUCCCUCGUGCCAUCCAAUGAUUUCUUGUCUAUCAGGGAUAGUGGUAUGAGCAUAUCGGAGAAGCUGCAAGGUAUCUUACAUUCUCCCAUCUGGGGGAGAGGUUUCCUGUCCACAAUGGCCAGGUCUGAUCCAUGGUGAUUGCCUUUGCUGUUUGUUCACGAAUCUUGUUGCAUGAUGUAACAAGCAGAGCAAUCUCGAAGAAGCUUGAAGGAUUACAGGUACACACAGAGUGAUAUACGAGUCAGCUGCCUACACUUCUUUCUUUGGGCUUUGGAAAUAUUCACGUACCUAAGUUCAACAAAUGGGCAUCACUUUCUUCUUCUAAACCAGUCAUCCUAAAUGAGGUUAUAAGUGUCAUAUUCAUAGGUGAGGGGAUGAGCUGCCUGAUCUGCAUCUUGUAAAGGAGAUUUACUCUGAGAGCAAGGAAGUAUCCUUUUUCAGUCUGCAAGGUGUUUGUGGCGAAUAGUAGGUGAAAAUGUGCUUCUUCCAAGUGUGUCCAGUCUUCUGAAAUGCUGUCUUUAUAUGUCCAGUGAUUUCCUAAUAUUUCUAAUCUGGCUAAGAAGUUCACCCUCCCAUUUUAAGCUUAUGGCAUUUACUUCUGGGGAAGCCUCUGUACAUUGCUAAUUUACACUCUUGGUAUAGCUGAGUGUCUAAUAUAUCACAUCCACCUUCUCAUGCUAAUUGCAUUCAGCCUGAUUCCUUGAAGAAAGACCUGCGCCUUAUGACAAUUUAUGGAUUACACCCCCACUUUGUUAAUGUAAGCAGUCUAUGCCUGUGGCCUUUAAUUUCUUCCCCUUUCAUCAAGGUUUCUUGGGGUUGGUGGGGGGAGGUUUUAUUGAUGAGUCUUAAUUGCAAAUGCAUUUCUGAUGACACUGCUUCCUGUGUCAUACUGCUGGAGUGAUGCUUCCCAGGUCUCAUGCAGUUGCCACCUGCACAGAGGUGCUCAUGGACUACUUUAAGGAAACGCCAUAGAAUCGUUUCUUUGCCGUGGGGGAGUUGUUUUUACAUACAAGGCCAGUACAGAAUGAUGAUUAGUAACAGAGAAUGACUUUUUAACUUCGAUGAGUCUGAAUAAAAGAGAU